CGGUCACGAUCACACUGAUCGGACUUGUCUGCCCUUCCUCAAAGACAAUUCCUACACCGCCAUAGCCGUAUCUCCUCGAAACAAUAAUGCAGAAGAGGGAGCUGGGCAAAUCAGUGGGCGCAACCGGCGCGACCACAGCUACGCCGGCCAAAAGAGGUCGCCCAUUCGGCAGUACCAACAGCGUAUCCGCUGCGUCGGCCGUCGAUUCCGCCGCUCCCUCGAGUCUCCUUGGGCCGUCUCUACAGGUCCACACUUCCUUUGCCGAUCAGAACAAUAGAAGGAUAGUUUUGGCGCUUCAAAGUGGGCUAAAGAGUGAGUUAACAUGGGCAUUGAAUACGCUUACCCUCCUGUCCUUCAAGGAGAAAGACGAAGUUCGCAAAGACGCAACUCCGCUCGCAAAGAUUCCUGGCUUACUGGAUGCUCUUCUCCAAGUUAUAGAUGAUUGGCGGGAUAUAGCGCUACCUCGCGAGCUUGUGAAAGCUCCUAGGGUUAGAACACUAGGUGUGAAUUCUACAGUAACAGGUUUCGGGGAUGAGUACCUUGCGUUUGGGGCCAACGAUAGUGUGGUGUUUUUGCGUGGUAGCAUGGGGUCUGGUUCAGCCGUAGGUGAAGGGCAGAAGAGUGCAGGGAAAGUUCGCCAUUCUGAAUGGUGGAUGGAGGAGGAUGGAUUAUUUAAUUUGGAUGAAGAGGGGAGGGCGGAGAAGCAGCAUUGUGCUGUGGCUGCUUCGAAUAUCAUACGCAACUUCUCCUUCAUGCCAGACAAUGAAGUCAUUAUGGCUCAGCAUCGACAUUGUUUGGAGACGGUUUUUCAGUGCAUAGAAGAUUAUGUCGUAGAGGAUGAGGAACUUGUUACAAAUUCCCUUGAGACAAUUGUGAAUUUGGCUCCAUUGCUCGACCUUCGAAUCUUCAGCUCUUCAAAGCCAUCUUACAUCAAAAUUACCGAGAAACGUGCUGUUCAAGCCAUCAUGGGGAUGCUGGGAUCUGCGGUCAGAGCCUGGCAUUGUGCAGCUGCUGAAUUACUGGGACGUUUAAUAAUCAAUCCUGAUAACGAACCUUUCCUUCUUCCCUUUGUUCCUCAGAUCCAUAAGCGAUUAGUUGAUCUUAUGAGCUUGCCGGCAGGUGAUGCCCAAGCAGCUGCUGUUGGUGCACUCUAUAACCUUGCUGAAGUUAACAUGGACUGCAGGUUGAAGCUUGCCAGUGAACGAUGGGCAAUUGAUCGACUGUUGAAAGUGAUCAAGACACCACACCCAGUACCAGAAAUUUGCAGGAAAGCAGCAAUGAUAUUGGAGAGCCUUGUUUCCGAGCCGCAGAACAGGACCUUGCUAUUGUCUUAUGAGAAUGCAUUCGCAGAGAUACUUCUCUCUGAUAGCAGAUAUUCUGACACAUUUGCCAGGAUAUUGUAUGAAUUGACUGCAAGACCAAACAAUAAAGUGGCUUCCGCUCGGGGUAUUUGGGGUAUGUAACCUAAAUUCUUAAUCAUUUGUAGGUUUGAGUACUUACUGUAAUUUAUUAGGUUCAUAGUUAGCCACCUUUUAGGCCCCGUAUAUGCUGGCUGACUGUAGUAAGGCUUUAGUUGGUCAAAAUGUCAAGACAGCCUGCUAGGUUUGUUAAAUUAAGGCGAUCCGUCUAGACGGAUCCAUCAUCAAACGUAAUUUGAUACUCCUUUGUGAUCCAGUUCCCCUUGGUUUGAGUGUGUGGUAUAAUAGUUUCAAUGAAAUGUAAGAGCGUCAUAGUCU